AUGUCUCUUCAGGAUAGAAUCGCCGUCGUGACCGGCGCCUCGCGUGGUCUUGGUGCUGCUAUUGCUAAAGCUUAUGCGAGAGAGGGAGCACACGUCGCAAUUGUCUACGCAUCGCCAUCAAGCACAGAGUCAGCGGAGGCGGUCAAGAAGGAGAUUGAACAACUGGGCCGCAAAGCUAUCCUGAUUCAAACAGACCUGAUCAAGCCAGACUGCGGAGAAGUGGUUUUGAGAGAGACACUGAAAGGUUUCAACACCGAAAAGAUCGAUAUCCUGGUCUCAAAUGCCGGCGUCUACAAGGAAAAUCACACUUUAGAGUUUGACGCAGAGUUGUUUGACAGGACAAUGGCAAUCAAUGUCCGUGCUCCGGCAUCGCUGGUCAAAUCAAUCGCUCCCGUCAUGCCCAAAGGUGGCCGCAUUGUUGUCAUCUCUUCAAUGGCAGCUACUUGGGCAAGCCCCAACAUGGACAUCUACAGUGCAAGCAAGGCAGCCGUCAAUGCCAUGAUGAAGUGCUGGGCUAUUUCAUUGGGCAAGUCGCACGGCAUCACUGCUAAUGCUAUCAACCCUGGCUUCUUCCCUACAGACAUCAACGCUCAUUUCACGGAUGAGUUGCUCGACAUGUUCAAGAACAAGCAGGCUAUUGGUCACCGACUGGCUGAGAUGGACGAUUUGACUGGUCUGGCUGUUUUCUUGGGCAGUGAGCAGUCUAAAUGGAUUACUGGCGAGACAAUCGAGUGCUCUGGAGGCUCAUCUCUAGGAUAG